AUGAAUUUCCAACAGGAAACUAAAAGUUCUACAACUACGAGUAUAAAUCAUAUUCAUUCUGUUGGAAUCAUUAAUAAUGAUUCUUUGAAUAUUUCUCCUGUUCACCCAAACACCGUUCAAAUUUCAACUAUCCUUCGUAAGCGACGAAAUACUCUCCAUAUACUUAUUCAUUCGACUAUGCAAUUGCUCUCUUCUCCUGUAACAUCCCCAACCUCAAUUAGCCCUCCGAACUUUGUUAAGCAAGACUCUUGUUCUUCACCUUCUAUCAUUUCAAAUGAGUCAUCAUAUGUCUCUUUUCCUGAAUUUGAGACUUAUGAUUAUAAUGACCUUGAAGGUGUUAAUGAAAUAAGUGUCGAAAAUACAUUUGUUCAAAUGGAGCAAUUUGAUGAAAUGUUCGUAAACGGUGUUCGGGUUCCCUCUGCCCAUCUUGCCUAA